AUGAUUGUCAUUGAAAAUGUUGGUUCUAGUGAAACAUGUCCUCCCCUCAGUAAACGGUGGCUCCGCAGCGCUCGCUGGGUCGUUCUGCUGGUGCUUCUCGUCUUUAUCUACGGCUCUCAUGCUCCCCUCAUCGCUCUGACUAAAAUAGACGGCCACAUCCCCUUCAGCUCUUCGUCCUGCGUGGUUCUGAUUGAGUUUAGCAAGCUGCUCAUCUCUCUGAGCACUCUAUUAGGUACAGGAAAUGCCCACACCCUCAGAACCUCAGUAUCCUGGACAGCCGUGGCUCCGUAUGCUGUUCCAGCUCUUCUCUACUCCUUCAACAACAACCUGGUGGUCUUUAUGCAGGCCUACAUGGACCCUAGCUCCUUCCAGGUGCUCAGCAACCUUAAGAUUGCCUCCACAGCCCUGCUGUACACCUCCUGCCUGGGGAAGAGGCUAAGGACUGUGCAGUGGCUCGGCCUAGGCUUUCUAAUGGGGGCUGGGGUGUGUCACAGCUACAGCAGCCUGGAUUUGGACAACCCAGAUGGGGGUGAAGAUAAAUUGAGCUCCAGGGUUCACAUCACAGCCUGGGGCCUUCUAAUGGUGCUUGCUUAUUGCUUCAUAUCAGGUCUCGCUGCGGUUUACACAGAGCGGGUGUUAAAGUCCCAGCGGCUGCCCCUCAGCUUGCAGAAUAUGUUUCUUUAUAUAUUUGGUGUGGGGAUCAAUUUAGCAUCACAUUUCUACAGCAGCAGUGCAGAGCAGGCUUUUCUCGAAGGCUAUUCCUCAGUGGUGUGGCUCAUCAUAGCCGGACAGGCGGCCAACGGCCUGCUGAUGUCUGUAGUGAUGAAGCACGGAACUGGAAUCACCCGACUCUUCGUGAUCUCCUCAGCCAUGCUGGUGAACAGCGUCCUCUCCUGGGGGCUGCUGGGACUGCAGCUCACGCCUUUCUUCCUCUUGCCUGUGCUGAUGAUCGGGGUGGCUGUGUUCCUCUAUUAUAAGUAGCCAAUCGACUGAACAUCGAUGUCAGAGGCAAGAAAUGAAAUGAAAAACAUGAAAGGUGUGAGAAUAUUGGACCGGCAAAGAUUAGAGUUUAAAUUCUUUUAUAUGUUUAUUUCAUUUUAUUUUCUUUUGUCAAAGUUGUGAAUAUGUCUAAUACAAUUUUUAAAAAUCAAAAUUCAUAAGUCCAUCCUGCACAUUUUAAAAACAUGAGCUAAAAUGCUUGACUUUGCUGCCGCUAUUUUUUAUUUUGUAAUUUUUGUAUGGUUUGUUCGCUGUUUUGUUGGGUUUUUCAAGAUGAUACUAGUUUGUUUUCAGAGCAAACGCUUUUGCCGCCUUUAUUCUGUUUAAUUAGGUAUGCGUUUAUGCUUUUGCCUUUUUAAAUUCAAAAGCAAAUCUUCUCAGAAAUGACAUUUCAACACACUGAUUACAUGUUACUGAUUACACUGUUACAUGUUUUAAAUUGUUUAUUUUCUACAAUGCCAAACAGUACAAAAUGGUACAGAUAUUGAAAGUAUUUAUGAAUAGAUGGAAAUUAUGAAAAUAAAUAUCAUUGAAGCUUU